GUAGGGUGUCAUGUGAACUGGUUGUUGACGGUCGUUACGGACGGAACGAGUGGCGCGCGCGCUUUGUCAAACUCUCCGUUGCUCUUCAUCUCGCUUCAUUUUAGCGUCUUAAACAAUGUCUUAUCACCACAAACACGGCAAUGACUACACGACUGGAGAAAGCAGGAACAAAGGGCCAAGAUGGUCUCAUUGCAGGAAACGGGAUGCUGAAGGGAACGUACGAAGAUCACAUGAUGAGUCUGAGACCAACACUUCAGACAGAAGAGGAUCGAACAGGCCUGAAUGUUUUACAACUCCAGAGAGUGCAGGUCCAGUGUCGAGAAUAAGAGACUGGGCAGAGGAGGUGGAGAAUAAUGAAAUGCGCACUAAUGUUCGUCGAGACAUAGAGCGUUACAGACGGCGAAUACUGACUGGUGAUAUUGUUCAAAGAGAGAGGAAAACGUCAUCUGGAAGUUCAGACUCCAGAGAUUCCAGAGACUCCCCUGUUCCUGGGGACAUCGAGACUGAUGAGGCUGUACUGUUGAGAAGACAAAAGCAGAUUAACUAUGGAAAGAACACUCUGGCCUAUGACAGAUACAUUAAAGAAGUGCCGAAGCACUUGAGAAAACCUGGGGUUCAUCCACGAACUCCAAACAAAUUUAAGAAAUACAGUCGUCGCUCCUGGGACCAGCAGAUAAAACUGUGGAAAGUCAAACUUCAUGCAUGGGACCCACCUGCUGAAGAAGGCAGUGAUCUUCAAGCAGUAGAUUUGGGUGAGGUCAUGGACUUUGAGCUGGACUUUGAUCCUGAACCAGAAGCAUUGAGCUCUAAAACUAGCACAUCAGUCUCUGAGCUCUCAGGAACCCCCCAUAAGAUGAUGAAGAUAGAUGAAGCUGAGAUGGCUUAACUUUGGUCUCUGAUGCUCUGAUAGUGCGAGAGGACAGCUAAUGCAUUGAUCUUUGCUUGAUUUUAUAGUCUUGCCUUUAUUUUUGUGAUGUAAAUUUGACAUUUCUGUUAAAUAUUUAACCAGCUGUUUUAGAAAGACACUUUUGAAAUAAAGAAACGAUUCUGAAAAGA